AUGGCUGCUCAGGUAAUAAUAUUCUCGUGCCUCAUUCUGGUGGCUUCAGCGCUUCCUCAGAACUACCGAGCCAAGCCCCCUGGACACUCGGCGGGCGCUGGCCACCCGGGCUCCGGGGCCUACAACACACAGGCACACAUUGAGGGCAAAACAGACUCGAAGUCUGCCAACCAGUAUCAUUCCGCCGUAGAGUACCAGAACCCUGGGGCAGCUGGAGGCUACCACAACACCCAAUCUGCAGGUUACCAAAAUGGCGCAGGAGGAGGAGGAGGAGGCUAUCAGAGCCCUGCUGCAGGCCACCAAUCCCCGGCACCUGUAGCCUAUCAAGGCCCUGCAUACCAAGGGUAUGAUCAGGGCUCGGGAGCCGGAGGGUACCAGAGCCUCGAGUCUCCUGGGUAUAGAGUAGGCGGAGGUAUACUCUUCGGUGGUCUCUCUGCCGACGACCAGAAGAAGAUCGCGGCCCACGAGCACGACGGCACCACCUUCCACGGCCCCAGUCAGCCACACACGUUCGGUUACACCGUCGAGGACUCUUACUACGGGAACCAGCACGCCCACAACGAGUACUCCGACGGGAAGACGACUAAGGGAUCAUACCGGGUCCUGCUCCCUGACGGCCGCACGCAAGUUGUCACCUACUCGGCCGACGCAAAGAGCGGCUUCAUGGCUCAAGUCUCUUACGAAGGCAAGGCCAAGCCCUACCAACACCAACCCGAGAAGGCCGCCCCUGGACAUCAGCAGCCACACGCUUCAAGUCAUGCUCCGUCCUACAACCCCCAGCAGCAGGCGCCCGCAUACCAGCAAGCACAGUACCGGCCCGCCGCCUAGUGGCGCCCGCUCUACCCUCUGCUCCCACCUGUUGUUGUGUGUUUUGUUAUGUUUUAGUGUUUUAGGUGUAUGAGAACGGCUUCCGCCCCGUGAUUUAUGUCACGACAAAUUAUAUGAUAUAAACAAUAUUUCGAA